CGUUUAUCUGCAACUUGCAUUUUCUUUUUUUGUGAAUAAUAAUAAUAAUAAUGGCAACCAAGACCCUCACAUCCAAAGCAUUUAUCUUUGAUCUCGAUGGUACAUUGAUAGAUACCACACCUCUUGUUGUCAAGUACUGGACAAAUUUUGCGUUGGAACAUAAUUUGGACCCUGAACAGAUCCUUGCUACUUCUCAUGGACGUAGAACUAUUGAAACUUUGGAACGCUGGACGCCCGAACUUGCAACCGUGGAUUACGUGAAUAAGUUCGAGGGAGGUUUAGCCAAAGAAACAGAAGGUGUGACUGUAUUACCAGGCGUCCUUGAUUUAUUGAAGAGCAUUCCUACAGAAGAUUGGACUGUCAAUACGGCUGGCACUAUUACAAUGGCUGUCAGCAGAUUAUCACAAUUCAAUAUUCACGUGCCCAAAGAAAUGGCUACGGGCGAUAAGUUGACUUUUGGUAAACCUCAUCCUGAAGGCUAUUUAUUAGCAGCAAAGAUUCUUAGAAAAGAGCCCAAGGACUGUUUGGUGUUUGAAGAUGCACCUGCUGGUGUGCAGGCUGCGAUAGCAGCUGGUAUGGAGUGUAUUGCAUGCACGACUACACACACCGUGGAUCAACUUAGAGAGGCUGGAGCAACUGUGAUUGUGGAACGCUUAGACAGUGUUCAUAUUGAAAGACAGUCUGAUGGUAGCUACAAAACUGUAAUUUCAAACACGAUUGAAUAA